GCGGUGACACCUCUGUAUUUCGGCAGGUGGAGGGAUCUGGAGGAACUUAUUUCCCUCUAGUCUUGGGAGGGAAACCGUCGACGCUUGCCUGAGGACGGAGGCUUCGAGAUGGAGGAGGUGCCAGGGGAUCAGAUGGAAAGCCCAAACACUAGAGAGGAAGCUGGGCCCGGCCCCAUUCCACCAGAGGAAGCUGGGCCCGGCCCCGAUCCGCCAGAGGAAGCUGGGCCCGGCCCCGUUCCGCCAGAGGAAGCUGGGCCCGGCCCCGUUCCGCCAGAGGAAGCUGGGCCCGGUCCCCUUUCGCCAGAGGAAGCUGGGCCUGGCCCUGUUGCUCGUUCUCGACAAGUGACAUCUCUCCGCUCUUCGCUAGAGUCUUUUAGCCCUUCUCUGAGUAACCGCAGGAUGUCUAAAUUUCGCCGGAGCACUAGUGGAGUUCAAUCCCUACAAGAAACUUUAAAAGAAAAACAGGCACGAUAUAGAGAUGCAAGGGAAGGUCGAAAAAUGAAAAUUGGUGCUUCAUAUAGAUACAUAUUUGAAGUCCUAGGGGACAAACUUGGUUUAGAUACAACAACUGUGGAAGAUAUGAUCUUGGAUGGCCCUUCAUUACAGGCAUUUGAUAAUUUUUUUGCCAAAGACGGAAGUCGAACUUUGAAAUUCUUAUAUCAAGAAGGAGAAGCACCAGGAGUAGAAUGUGGUCGAACAAUUCCAGGAGUUGUAAAAGGAACUAAAAUUAUGAGAUUAUAUUUAGACACUGCACCAGAGAAGUUCAAAGGACUCUGUUUAUUUUUUGUUCGUUAUAGGAAUGACAUCCCUCUAAAUGCAAAAAGUAUACAUGAGGACAUAUACUUUUGUGUAUUAGAUGCAACUGAAGGACUUUUACGUGGUACUAGGAACAUGCUAGCAAAUAUUUUUCUACCAGCUAUCCUUGCAACAAAUAAUUGGGGUGCUUUAAGUCAAACCUCACAAGGAACAACUGAAAAACAGAAUUUCAUAGAAACCAUUAAUAGAUAUCUUUCAUUUUUAGACGGUGCUAGAGUAAGCAUAGAGGGAACUGUUGAGUUAAAAAAGAUGGAUCACAUUGACUUUUCUAAACUUCAGUCCUUUGAGGAAGUGACAACAGCAGCUGCUAAUUCUGAUACAGUUCAUCAACUAGAGGAAGUGCUUAUGAUAUGGUAUAAACAGAUUGAACAAGUUCUUAUCGAGAGUGAGCAGAUGAGAAAAGAAGCUGAUGAUUCAGGGCCAUUGACUGAACUAGAACACUGGAAACGUAUGUCUGCUAAAUUCAAUUUUAUUAUUGAGCAGAUCAAAGGACCAAGUUGCAAAGCUGUCAUAAAUGUUCUAAAUGUUGGACAUUCCAAACUAUUAAAGAUGUGGCGAGAGUUGGAUGCCAGAAUCACAGACACUGCAAAUGAAUCAAAAGAUAAUGUGAGAUAUUUAUACACACUUGAAAAAGUAUGUCAACCGCUUUAUAACUAUGAUCUUGUGUCUAUGGCACAUGGAAUACAAAAUUUAAUUAAUGCUAUAAGAAUGAUUCACAGUGUUUCAAGGUAUUACAAUACUUCAGAGAGAAUGACAUCAUUGUUUAUAAAGGUUACAAAUCAAAUGGUUACAGCAUGUAAGGCAUAUAUUACUGAUGGUGGUUUAUCUCGUGUAUGGGACCAGGAUACACCUGUAGUAAUUAAAAAAAUUCAGGACUGCAUUUUUUUAUUUAAAGAAUAUCAAAAAUGCUUUCAUAAAACAAGGAAACAGAUUUUGGAAGCUCUAGGGGAAAAGACAUUUGAAGUAUCAGAGAUGUAUAUUUUUGGCAAAUUUGAAGCAUUUUGUAAAAGGCUAGAAAAAAUUACAGAGAUGAUUACUAUAGUACAAACAUUUUCUGCACUUAGUAUGUCUACAAUUGAAGGGAUAGAUAUUUUGGCAAUAAAGUUCAAAAAUAUCUACCAGAGUGUUCAAAAGAAACAAUAUGAUAUUCUCGACCCACGAAAAACUGAAUUUGAUGUAGAUUUUGUAGACUUCAUGACAAAAAUUGAAGGUUUAGAGGUGCAGAUACAGACAUUUAUGAAUACUUGUUUUGGAAGAAUUUUGUCUUCACAGCAUUCAGUUCAGCUACUUCAAAGGUUUCAGAAGCUGAAUAUGCCAUGUCUUCAGCAGGAAAUAGCACAUACUGUUGGACUUAUUCUUCAGCAUUACGUAGCAGAACUUGAAGCUACUAAAAAGCUUUACCAGGCUCAAAAAGAUGACCCUCCUCUUGCCCGAAACAUGCCCCCUGUAGCAGGAAAGAUACUGUGGGUGAGGCAGCUUUUCCGGCGGAUAAGCGAACCAAUCAACUUUUUCUAUAAAAAUUCAGAUAUCUUGACAAGUCCAGAAGGUAAAGCAGUGGUUCGAUUAUUCAAUAAAAUUUCCUAUGUAUUGGUGGAAUUUGAGGUACUCUAUCACAUGGCUUGGGUGAAGGAAAUUUCUCAGCUACAAUAUGCAUUACAAGCUACCCUACUGGUACGUCAUCCUGAAACUGGGAAGUUGCUUGUUAAUUUUGAUCCCAAAAUUCUAGAGAUUGUCCGAGAGACUAAGUGUAUGAUAAAGAUGGGUCUUGAAGUACCAGAGCAAGCAAAGAGGGUAGUAAAAAUAGAAAAUACUCUGAAGACAAACAAAUUGUGUUUGGAGAAUCUUCUGCAAUGUUACGAAGAUUUGUGUCAGGAAAUACCAACAGUGUUUGUAAAUUUGAUGGCACCAAAAAUGAGAAAGGUGGAAUCUGUGUUGAGACAAGGACUUACUAUAUUAACUUGGUCAUCUCUGACAUUGGACAGUUUUUUUCAAGAAGUUGAUGAAGUUAUGAAUAUGUUUAAGCAGCUUUUGAAAAAGGUUAAUGACUUAUGUGAAAUGCAGAUUGAUUUAAUAAUGAAAGACAUAUCAAAUACUCUUUUAAUUGUCCUGCCAGAGGAUGGUCCUAUCAAAAUGGAGGAUAUGCUGGCAUGCAAUGAGACUUACACCAAAGAAUGGGCUGAAAUACUGAACCACAAAAGUAUGCACAUAGAAGAUGCUGUCCAGGAGCUGAUAUCUAUAUUUGAGACAAUUUAUGAAAUUAAAGAUUCUAAGAAAACUUUAAAAAAGUAUUCAUUGCCAGUAGAAGGGAAACAUGUGGCAUUUGGGGCUGAUGGAGAGGAGGGAGAUACUGAUGGUUCUUCAGGUAUUCUUAGUGAGGAUGCUGAGGACAAUGAGAAAGAAGAUGAGUUUAGAAAGGAAUGUAAAGAGGUAGUUGCAUAUUUCAGUCAUCAGUUACUAGACAGUCUGUUGAAAGCCACCCGGCUAUCUUUGGAUACUCUUAAAAAAAGAAUGUUUGUUUCAAACACCUUUGGACGAACAGCUUUUUUUGCUCAGACAAGCAAAUCUGAAGAGGUUCUUUCUUUCCUAAAAGCUGAAGUGCAUCUUGCUAUUCCUAAUGUGGUAAUGGUUCCUAGUUUAGAUGAUAUACAGCAAGCCAUUAAUCGCAUGAUCCAAUUAACACUGGAAGUAAGUCGUGGAGUUGCACAUUGGGGACAGCAACACUUACAAAAAUCGAGUAUAUUACUGAACAGAAAUGUACCUAUUGUCUCUUCAUCACCCAGUAUGGUAGCAGGGAAAACAGCCAAAAAAGAAAACAGGGUGAGGGAAGAGGCAAUUCCUGUAAGAAAGCUAAGAAAUUUUUAUCCAGGUGUUGCAGAACACAAAGAUAUUUCUAAACUAGUUGUGCUCCUCUCCUCGUCUGUAAAUUCCGUAAGAAAAGCAGCUAGUGAAGCACUGCAAGACUUUCAGAAAUAUAAGGUUCUGUGGACAGAAGACAGAGAUGCUAAAGUUCAGCAAUUUCUGGCUAGCAGUCCCUCUCUUACUGAAAUCAGAGCAGAAAUUCUUCAUUAUGCUACUUUUGAACAAGAGAUUGAGGAUUUAAAACCUACUAUUCUUGUAGGUCCAAUUGAAUUACAUACAGCACCAUUGAAACUCGCUUUGUCGAUUGAAGCCAAAGCAUGGAAGAUGCUACUCUGUCGUUACUUAAAUGAGGAAUAUAAGAAGAAAAUGACAGACAUGAUAUCAUUUAUAACUGAAUAUUUGAAAAAAUUAUCUCGACCUAUUCGUGACUUAGAUGAUGUCAGAUUUGCAAUGGAAGCUUUGUCUAACAUACGUGAUAAUGAAAUACAAAUGGAUAUGACCUUAGGACCUAUUGAAGAAGCCUAUAGUAUUUUAAAUAGAUUUGAAGUUGAGGUGACAAAAGAGGAAUCAGAAGGAGUUGAUACACUUAGAUAUUCUUUUAACAAAUUACAGACCAAAGCUGUCAGUGUUCAAGAUGAGUUGGUUCAAGUUCAGCCAAAAUUUAAGAGUAAUCUAUUGGAGUCCGUUGAAAUUUUUCGUGAAGAUGUAGCAAACUUUGACACAUCAUAUGACACGGAAGGACCCAUGGUUCCAAAUACACCACCACAAGAAGCCAGCAAUAGGUUACAAAUAUUCCAGGCCAAUUUUGAUGAACUCUGGAGGAAAUUUGUCACUUAUUCAUCUGGUGAACAGCUGUUUGGAUUACCUGUCACAGACUAUGAAGUUUUACAUAAAAUCAGGAAGGAGCUAGGAUUGCUUCAGAAAUUAUAUGGAUUAUAUGAUACUGUAAUGAACAAUAUCAGUGGGUAUUAUGAGAUACUUUGGACAGAUGUAGACAUUGAAAAAAUUAAUGCUGAACUUUUGGACUUUCAAAACAGGUGCCGCAAACUUCCCAAAGGACUUAAAAACUGGCAAGCGUUUUUAGACCUCAAGAAAAGAAUAGAUGAUUUUAGUGAGUCAUGUCCUCUGUUGGAAAUGAUGACUAAUAAAGCAAUGAAGCAGAGACAUUGGAAUCGCAUUGCUGAAACAACAGGACAUCAAUUUGAUGUGGAAUCAGAUUCUUUUUGUCUUCGAAACAUCAUGGAAGCACCACUUCUUAUACAUAAGGAUGAUAUUGAGGAUAUCUGUAUAUCUGCUAUAAAGGAAAAGGAUAUUGAAGCUAAAUUGUCUCAGAUAAUUGAAAGUUGGGGAGGCCAGAAUUUGAGUUUUUCAUCAUUUAAAGCAAGAGGAGAGCUACUGUUAAAGGGAAGUGAAUCAGCAGAAAUUAUUACACUUAUGGAGGACAGUUUAAUGAUCUUGGGCUCUUUACUUAGUAACAGAUAUAAUACGCCAUUUAAAAAAGAUAUUCAGAACUGGAUAUACAAACUGAGCACCUCCAGUGAUAUCAUUGAAGAGUGGUUGGUGGUGCAAAACCUAUGGGUUUAUCUUGAAGCUGUUUUUGUAGGGGGAGAUAUUGCAAAGCAAUUACCUCAGGAAGCAAAACGUUUUCAGAACAUUGACAAAUCAUGGAUAAAAAUAAUGCAACGAGCUCACGAGAAUCCUAAUGUUGUUAACUGCUGUGUUGGAGAUGAAACUAUGGGACAGCUUCUGCCUCAUUUACAUGAACAGUUGGAGGUGUGUCAGAAAUCACUUACAGGAUAUUUAGAGAAGAAAAGGCUACUGUUUCCCAGAUUCUUCUUUAUCUCUGAUCCUGCCCUUCUUGAAAUUCUUGGACAAGCAAGUGAUUCACACACCAUUCAGCCACAUCUUCCUGCCGUAUCUGAUAAUAUAAAUGAAGUGCAGUUUCACCCAAAGGAUUAUGAUCGCAUAAUGGCAGUCAUAUCAAGAGAAGGAGAGAAAAUUCCAUUGGACACUCCAGUGAAUGCAAAAGGACCUGUAGAACUUUGGUUGCUAGAUUUGUUGCGCAUGCAACAGUCUUCAUUACACUGUGUAAUCAGGGCAGCAUAUUAUCAAAUUAGUGACCCAGGAUACCAGCUGCUUAACUUCCUUUAUCACUUCCCAGCACAGGUAGGGUUACUGGGAAUUCAGAUGUUGUGGACACAUGAUUCAGAAGAAGCCCUACACAAUGCAAAAGAUGACAGGAAAAUCAUGCAAGUAACCAAUCAGAAAUUUCUGGAUAUACUAAAUACACUUAUCAGCCAGACAACACAUGAUCUUUCCACCUUCGACAGGGUGAAAUUUGAAACCCUGGUUACCAUUCAUGUGCAUCAGAGAGAUAUUUUUGAUGACUUGGUAAAAAUGCAUAUCAAGUCAGUAACUGAUUUUGAAUGGUUAAAGCAGAGUCGAUUUUAUUUUAAGGAAGAUGUGGAUCAAGUUUGGGUAUCCAUUACAAAUGUUGAUUUUAUUUACCAGAAUGAAUUUCUGGGAUGCACUGAUCGUCUGGUUAUAACUCCUCUGACUGAUAGAUGCUAUAUAACCUUAGCUCAGGCUUUGGGAAUGAACAUGGGAGGAGCUCCAGCAGGACCAGCUGGAACUGGUAAAACAGAAACUACAAAAGACAUGGGAAAGGCUCUGGGAAAAUAUGUAGUAGUAUUUAACUGUUCUGAUCAAAUGGACUUCAGAGGCUUGGGUAGGAUUUUCAAAGGUCUUGCACAGUCAGGUUCCUGGGGAUGCUUCGAUGAAUUUAACAGAAUUGAAUUACCUGUUUUAUCAGUUGCAGCACAACAAAUUUAUAUUAUUUUAACAGCAAGGAAAGAAAGGAAAAAGCAAUUCAUAUUUUCUGAUGGAGAUUGUGUAGAUUUAAAUCCAGAGUUCGGAAUUUUUCUUACAAUGAAUCCUGGGUAUGCCGGCCGUCAGGAGCUACCAGAAAACCUAAAAAUUCAAUUUAGAACUGUGUCCAUGAUGGUUCCAGAUAGACAGAUAAUUAUGAGAGUUAAGCUUGCAAGCUGUGGGUUUAUUGAUAAUGUGGUCUUAGCUCAAAAAUUCUUCGUUCUCUACAAACUUUGCGAGGAGCAGCUCACUAAACAGGUUCAUUAUGACUUUGGUCUGAGGAAUAUCCUUUCCGUAUUGAGGACCCUUGGAGCUCAAAAGAGGGCCAGACCAGAUGACAGUGAAUUGAGUACUGUUAUGAGAGGACUAAGGGAUAUGAACCUCUCUAAACUGGUAGAUGAAGAUGAGCCCUUAUUUCUUAGUCUCAUCAAUGACCUCUUCCCUGGGUUACAGUUGGACAGUAGUACAUAUGUUGAACUACAGGCUGCAGUAGCCAACCAGGUUGAAGAGGCAGGAUUGAUUAAUCAUCCACCUUGGAAUCUUAAGCUUAUUCAGUUAUAUGAAACUUAUAAAGUACGCCAUGGUUUGAUGAUACUUGGACCCAGUGGAUCUGGAAAAACAACAGUUAUAACUAUGUUGAUGAAGGCAAUGACAGAGUGUGGGCGUCCUCACAGAGAAAUGCGUAUGAACCCAAAAGCUAUUACUGCUCCUCAAAUGUUUGGCAAACUCGAUACUGCAACUAAUGACUGGACAGAUGGAAUCUUUUCUACACUGUGGAGGAAAACACUAAAAGCUAAAAAGGUGGAACAGCUUCAACAGGAAAGAAUGAGGGAGCCCUAUAUCAGAAUAUCCUAUAGUACAUCUAUUAAUCUUUUGGAGGGUUUGAUUCCCUCAAAGGAAGAAGGUGGUAUUUCAUCUCCAGCACAUCUUCAUAAAUUGUUUGCUUUUGGAUUAAUGUGGAGUUUAGGUGCUCUCCUGGAGUUGGAUAGCAGGGAUAAAUUGGAAGCCUUCAUUCGAGCAAAUGAUAGCAAAUUAGAUUUGCCAGAAAUCCCUAAACACACCAAUCAAACAAUGUAUGAGUUUCAUGUUACUGAUUAUGGUGACUGGGAACACUGGAAUAAAAGAGUUCAGGAAUAUGUUUAUCCAACAGAAAGUAUCCCAGAUUAUGCAUCUAUUCUGGUUCCAAAUGUAGACAAUGUCAGAACUCAGUUUUUGGUAGAAACAAUUGCUAAGCAACACAAAGCAGUUUUGCUCACAGGAGAACAGGGAACUGCAAAGACUGUAAUGAUUAAAAGUUAUUUGAAAAAAUAUGAUCCUGAAGAACAUUUGUCAAAAAGUUUAAACUUUUCCUCUGCCACAGAACCAUUUAUGUUUCAGAGGACAAUAGAGAGUUAUGUGGACAAACGCAUGGGAAGUACUUAUGGACCACCAGGCGGGAGAAGAAUGACCGUGUUUAUUGAUGAUAUUAAUAUGCCAAUAAUUAAUGAAUGGGGAGAUCAGGUAACAAAUGAAAUAGUUCGUCAGAUGAUGGAAAUGGAAGGAAUGUACAGUUUGGAUAAACCUGGAGACUUCACUACAAUUGUUGAUGUACAGUUAGUAGCAGCUAUGAUACACCCUGGAGGAGGCCGUAAUGACAUCCCACAGCGUUUAAAAAGGCAGUUUACUGUGUUUAAUUGCACACUACCAUCCAAUGCAUCCAUAGACAAAAUAUUUGGAAUAAUUGGCUGUGGAUACUUUCAUCCAUGCAGAAAAUUCAAUCCUGAAAUAUGUGACAUGAUAAAGAAAUUAGUUCCAGCUGGCAGAAUAUUGUGGCAAUGGACUAAGGUAAAGAUGCUGCCUACACCAUCCAAGUUUCAUUAUAUCUUCAAUCUUCGAGACCUUUCCAGAAUUUGGCAAGGAAUGUUAACUAUCAAAGCAGAAGAAUGUAAGGAUAUCACUACCCUUAUGGCACUUUUUAAAAAUGAGUGCAAUAGAGUCAUUACUGACAGAUUUGUUAAUGAUGAAGAUGUAGCUUGGUUUGGUAAAGCCACUUCUAGAGCAAUUGAGGAACAUGUGGAUCCGGAAUUAGCAUCAAUUCUCCAGGCUGAACCAUAUUUUGUAGAUUUUUUACAGGAUAUGCCUGAACCGACUGGUGAUGAACCUGAAGAUUUUGUAUUUGAAGCACCAAAAAUUUAUGAAAUGAUCCCGAGCUUUGAAUUUCUGUGUGAAAAAUUACAAAUGUACCAGAGGCAAUACAAUGAAACUAUUAGGGGAUCAUUUCUCGAUUUGGUGUUUUUUAAAGAUGCAAUGACACAUCUUGUUAAGAUUUCACGAAUAAUUCGGACUGCAUGUGGAAAUGCUUUACUUGUAGGAGUUGGUGGUUCUGGAAAACAGAGUCUUUCAAGAUUAGCCUCUUUUAUAGCUGGAUACAGAAUAUUUCAGAUAACUUUAACCAGAUCCUAUAAUGUUUCCAAUCUAACAGAUGAUCUAAAACUUCUAUAUAGAGUAGCUGGUGCAGAAGGAAAAGGCAUCACUUUCAUUUUCACUGAUAAUGAAAUAAAAGAUGAAGCAUUUCUGGAAUACCUUAACAAUCUGCUAUCUUCAGGAGAGAUUUCCAAUUUAUUUGCUCGGGAUGAGUUGGAUGAAAUUACACAAGGAUUAAUAUCUGUGAUGAAAAAAGAGCUGCCUCGAUUUCCUCCUACAUUUGAUAAUCUUUAUGAGUAUUUUAUAUCACGGUCAAAGAAGAAUUUGCAUGUUGUUCUCUGCUUUUCUCCAGUUGGUGAGAAGUUCCGUGCACGUUCUUUGAAAUUUCCUGGUCUGAUAUCAGGCUGCACUAUGGACUGGUUCAAUCGAUGGCCUAAAGAAGCCCUUGUUGCUGUAGCCAGUUACUUCCUUUCAGAAUUUAAUAUUGUUUGUUCUUCUGAAGUUAAAGCACAAGUAGUAGAAACUAUGGGCCUCUUUCAUGAUAUGGUUUCUGAGAGCUGUGAGAAUUAUUUCCAAAGAUAUCGACGAAGAGCUCAUGUUACACCCAAAUCUUAUCUUUCUUUCAUAAAUGGUUACAAAGAUGUUUAUUCUGAAAAGCUAGGAAACAUUAAUGAACAAGCUGAACGCAUGCAAAUAGGUCUCUCUAAGUUGAUGGAAGCCAGUGAAUCUGUUGCCAAACUCUCUCUGGAAUUGGCAGUGAAAGAAAAGGAACUGGCUUUGGCUUCUGUAAAGGCAGAUAAAGUGCUGGCAGAAGUUACAGUAAGUGCUGAGGCAUCAGCUAAAGUAAAAAAUGAAGUCCAAGGUGUGAAGGACAAAGCACAAAAGAUUGUAGAUGAAAUUGAUUCAGAAAAAGUGAUAGCAGAGACCAAACUGGAGGCAGCUAGACCAGCAUUAGAAGAAGCAGAAGCUGCACUGAAUACUAUCAAACCAGUGGAUAUUGCUACAGUUCGGAAACUUGCAAAACCCCCUCAUCUAAUCAUGAGGAUUAUGGAUUGCUGUUUGUUACUGUUCCAAAAGAAAAUAGACUCAGUUACACAGGAUCCAGAAAAGCCUUGCUGCAAACCAUCCUGGGGAGAGUCACUAAAACUUAUGAGUGGUCCAUUCCUGCAGAGUCUCCAACAAUUUGCUAAGGAUAGUAUCAAUGAAGAAACAGUAGAAUUACUACAGCCUUAUUUUAACAUGGAGGACUAUACUUUUGAGAAUGGUAAAAAAGUCUGUGGUAAUGUGGCAGGACUCCUGUCUUGGACACAAGCCAUGGCAACAUUUUAUGGUAUUAACAGAGAAGUUUUACCUCUUAAGUCUAAUUUAGCAAAACAAGAAGGACGUUUGAAAGUAGCUAAUGCAGAGUUAGCCACAGCUCAGGCAUUAUUAGAUGAGAAACAAGCUGAACUGGAUAAAGUGCAGGCAAAAUUUGAUGCAGCAAUGAAGGAGAAAAUGGACCUGUUGAAUGAUGCAGAUGUGUGCAGGAGAAAGAUGCAAGCAGCCUCUGCACUUAUAGAUGGAUUGAGUGGUGAAAAAGUUAGAUGGACUCAGCAAAGUAAGGAGUUCAAAACUCAGAUUAACAGACUUGUGGGGGAUGUUUUACUCUGCACAGGGUUCCUUUCAUACUGUGGCCCUUUUAAUCAGAUCUUCAGGAACCUUUUGCUUAAAGAUUUAUGGGAAGUAGAGCUGAGAGUUCGCAAAAUCCCUUUUACUGAAAACUUGAACCUGAUUUCAAUGUUGGUGGAUCAACCAACGAUUAGUGAAUGGAAUCUGCAAGGGCUGCCAGGAGAUGAACUCUCAAUUCAGAAUGGUAUAAUUGUUACUAAGGCAACCAGAUACCCACUUUUGAUAGACCCACAAACUCAAGGAAAAACCUGGAUUAAACAAAAAGAAAAGGGUAACGAAUUACAAGUGACAACUUUGAACCACAAGUAUUUCCGCACACACUUAGAGGACAGCCUUUCAUUGGGAAGAUCACUUGUGAUUGAGGAUAUAAGUGAAGAGCUGGAUCCAGCACUGGAUAAUAUAUUAGAAAAGAAUUUCAUUAAAUCAGGAACCUCUUUCAAGGUGAAAGUUGGUGAUAAGGAGGUAGAGGUAAUGACUACAUUUAAAAUGUAUAUUACUACAAAACUACCCAAUCCUGCUUUCACACCUGAGAUCAAUGCUAAAACAUCAGUUAUUGAUUUCACUGUGACAAUGAAGGGACUUGAGAAUCAGUUACUGAAAAGAGUAAUUCUUACUGAGAAACAGGAGCUGGAAGGAGAGCGAAUUAAACUCAUGGAAGAUGUAACUUUUAAUAAGCGGAAGAUGAAAGAAUUGGAAGACAAUCUUCUCUAUAAACUAAGCGCAACUAAAGGUUCUUUAGUAGAUGAUGAAUCUUUGAUUGGUGUACUGCGAACAACUAAGCAGACAGCUGCUGAAGUAUCUGAAAAGUUAUAUGUGGCAGCAGAAACUCAAGUGAAGAUUAACACUGCACAAGAGGAAUAUCGACCUGCUGCUACACGAGGAAGCAUUCUUUAUUUUCUUAUCACAGAAAUGAGCAUGGUCAAUAACAUGUACCAGACUUCACUGGCUCAGUUCCUAAAGUUAUUUGAUCAGUCCAUGGCCAGAUCUGAAAAGUCUCCUUUGCCUCAGAAAAGAAUCUCAAAUAUUAUUGAGUAUCUUACGUUUGAAACUUUUACAUAUUCUGUCAGAGGCUUUUAUGAAUACCACAAAUUUCUUUUUACCCUUCUUCUGACACUAAAAAUUGAUCUUCAGAGAGGACAGGUCAAACCCAAAGAGUUCCAAGCACUUAUUAAAGGAGGUGCAGCGCUGGAUCUAAAAGCUUGCCCUCCCAAACCAUUCCGGUGGAUUCUUGACAUGACAUGGCUGAAUCUGGUGGAACUGAGCAAACUUCCACAAUUUGCAGAAAUUAUGAAUCAGAUAUCCCGCAAUGAGAAGGGGUGGAAAAGUUGGUUUGAUAAAGAUGCUCCUGAAGAAGAAGUUAUUCCUGAUGGAUACAAUGACUCACUAGAUACUUGUCGCAAACUUUUGCUUAUCAGGUCUUGGUGCCCAGAUCGCACCCUUUCCCAAGCCAGAAAGUAUAUUGCUGAUUCUCUGGAAGAGAAAUAUACAGAACCAGUCAUUUUAAAUUUAGAGAAGACUUGGGAAGAAAGCGAUACACGAACACCCCUUAUCUGUUUCUUGUCUAUGGGGUCUGACCCAACUAUUCAGAUUGAUGCCUUGGCGAGGAAACUUAAACUGGAAUGUAGGACUAUCUCUAUGGGUCAGGGACAAGAAGUUCAUGCACGCAAGCUAACUCAGACGUCAAUGCAGCAGGGGGGCUGGGUGUUACUUCAAAAUUGUCACCUAGGCCUGGAUUUCAUGGAUGAACUACUGGAAACAAUUGUUACUGCAGAGAUUCCUGAUGAGACCUUUCGAGUUUGGAUAACCACUGAGCCACAUGACAAGUUCCCAAUUACACUGCUACAGAUUUCUAUAAAGUUCACAAAUGAACCUCCCCAGGGUGUACGUGCAGGUUUGAAAAGAACAUUUUCAGGAAUUAAUCAAGACCUGCUAGAUGUCAGCAAUAUGCCUAUGUGGAAACCUCUGCUUUACACUGUAGCUUUCCUACAUUCCACGGUCCAGGAACGGCGCAAGUUUGGCCCUUUGGGUUGGAAUAUUCCCUAUGAAUUCAACUCUGCUGACUUUACAGCCAGUGUUCAGUUUAUACAGAAUCACUUAGAUGAAUGUGACAUCAAGAAAGGUAUAUCAUGGAGCACAGUACGAUACAUGAUUGGAGAAGUACAAUAUGGAGGGCGGGUCACUGAUGAUUAUGAUAAGCGUCUUCUUAAUUGUUUUGCAAGGGUGUGGUUCAGUGAAAAGAUGUUUGAGAGCACAUUUUGUUUCUACACUGGAUAUAAAAUCCCAGUAUGCAAAACUCUGGAUCAGUAUCAGGAGUACAUUCAGACCCUCCCUGCCAUGGAUAGCCCAGAAGUCUUUGGUCUUCACCCAAAUGCUGACAUCACAUAUCAGAGUAACACCGCAGCCAAUGUUCUUGACACCAUUACCAAUAUUCAACCUAAGGAAAGUGGAGGUGGAGCAGGAGAAACUCGUGAAGCCAUUGUAUACCGAUUAGCUGAAGAUAUGCUGGACAAACUGCCUCCUGAUUAUGUACCCCAUGAGGUGAAAGCCCGUUUGAUAAAAAUGGGACACCUUAAUUCUAUGAAUAUUUUUCUUCGUCAAGAAAUUGACCGAAUGCAAAAGGUUAUUACAAUACUCCGAAACAGUCUGAAUGAUCUUAAGUUAGCCAUAGAAGGAACCAUUAUUAUGAGUGAGAAUUUGAGAGAUGCACUUGAUAAUAUGUAUGAUGCUCGAAUUCCUCAACUGUGGAAAAGGGUAUCUUGGGAUUCUUCAACGCUUGGAUUCUGGUUUACUGAACUCCUGGAAAGAAAUACUCAGUUCCAUACCUGGAUAUUUGAAGGGAGACCAAAUGUGUUUUGGAUGACUGGAUUCUUUAAUCCACAAGGAUUCCUGACAGCAAUGAGACAAGAAGCAACUCGAGCACAUAAAGGCUGGGCGUUAGAUACAGUUACAAUACAUAAUGAAGUUUUAAAGCAAUCUAAAGAAGAAAUCACAACACCCCCUGCUGAAGGGGUUUAUAUUUACGGACUGUACUUGGAUGGCGCAGGCUGGGACAGACGUAAUAGUAAACUCACUGAACCUACACCAAAGAUUCUCUUCACAAUACUCCCUGUGGUGCACAUAUUUGCUGUUAACACAAUUGGUCCCAAGGAUCCCAAACUCUAUGUUUGUCCUAUUUACAAGAAACCCAGGCGGACGGAUCUGACCUACAUCACUGUGAUCUAUUUAAGGACAGUCGUAUCUCCAGAUCACUGGAUACUGAGAGGAGUGGCGCUCCUGUGUGACAUCAAGUAAACCCCGUCCUUCAGACUAUGACAGAAACUUUAUAGACUAUGGCACAUGUAACCAGUUAUCAAUAUCCUAAGCUGCCUUUUUUCUAAUGGUUUAAUAUUUUGCCCUUUGUCCAUUAUAUUAAAUCUUUCAAUAUGAAUAAUUUAAAUGCCAGUUCUAAGAAUGAUUCCUUUCUCCCUCAGUCUAAAGAAGUUAUUGUACUGGUAAUGGAAAUUAUUAUUUCACUGGUGAUGUUUUU